AUGGCAAACAGUCCAAAUUUCCCAGCUUUUUAUCCAUUCUCGGCCGUCGAUUCCUCUACGACGCCGUCCUACGACGCCGUCCUCCCCCCGCCGGAGCCUCCGUCUUUCUCUUUUACCGCCGGCGGCUCCCCGUUUUUCCCGUCGUACCCCUCCGUCCCUCCACCGCCGCCUCCGGCCACCUUCGUUACUUUCCCGGCGAACAUCUCCGCCCUCGUCCUCCCUCGCUCCCCUAAAUCUCAACCUGGUUCCCGGAAACUCUUAGUCCCGGCUAUCUCCGCCGUAUUGACCGUCGCCACGUUCACCGGUCUCGCCUUCUUCCUCUACGGACACUGGCGAGGGCAUAACCGUCAUUUCAAGGAGGAAGACAAGAGCUUAGCUUCCGACAACAGUAGCCGUGAACUCUGUCCCCCGCAGAGAAACACCGCUAACAAGCUCUCAGUAUCUCCUACCGCCUCCGAGGUUCUCUACCUGAGCAAUGUCGUAACACCGCGUUCUGCAGAUGAUCAGGGCUACAAUGGAAUCGUCGAAUCCGGGCCGGAUUUAUCGAAGACGGAGUCGCCGGAAAUCCGACCGCUUCCGCCGUUGCCGCCUCGUGGUUUCGAGCAGAACUAUGAAGCGGCGGGUUCUCUCACCGAGGAAGAAGACGGAGACGAAGAAGAGGAAUUCUACUCGCCUUUGGCGUCACUGGCAGGUAGCGAGAGCUCGACCAGUCCCAGACACGGGUUCGGGUCUGGACACGGGCUUGAGAGGCAAGAACCCGGACCCAGGAACAUUCCGUACAGUACAUGCUCCUGCUCUUCCUCCUGCUUCGGUUCUCCGGCGAGGUCACUGUCUAUCACGAUUUCGCCGCCGAUGAGCUCGACAGUUCCAUGGAGGGACUCGGACGCUUCCUCGGAGCGAAACCUCCGGUCUCCGUCGCUUUCCAUCGCUUCUCCUACAUUAACGAUG